CGUUUCAGAUCUUUUCAUUUCUUCAAGUUAUGGUUUUGUAUGUGAGAAGGUAGAACAAGCUAACGUUGUCUCUUUUGCUCGAUCCAAUUCACAUCUUCUUCUUCUUCUUCUUUUGCUCGAUCCAAUUGAUUUCCUGUAUCUUCCUUCAUUCGGUGUCUUUCUUUAGAUCAUUGGUUCGAAUCAAUAUCGUCUUCUGGACUGGAAAUCUGUUAGGGUUUUGGUAUAUACAGAAAGAAUUAACAAGCAAGCAUGGCUAAUUCCGAGAGAGAAUGGACGGAUGACGACCGGGAGGUGAACUUGGAAGAGAAUAAUCUUGAUGAUUUCACAACUGACGCUUCUUCGUCAAAUUCGGGUAGCUCAAGGUUUAGGCUCACGGAGCGACUGGCGGAUAUUCUCGUCCAGGAAGGCGAUGGAGAUUUGCUUCUUCAACGUAACGAUCAGGAAGAUGGAGUUUUUCAGUUUCUUCGGGCUCUCGACUUGCAGGUUAUGGGUGCCUGCCGUGCAGAUGAGAGGUUGAAGCCCCUGUUGAAGCUGCACGUCUCCGGCGGCGGCUCCGAGGAUCGCUUGUUAUCUCAUCUCAGUCAACACUUUGAGCCCUCUGAAAUUGGUAUGCUCGCCAGGUGUUUGUGUAUUCCUUUGGUUUCCAUUCGUGUCGGAAAGAUUAAUAAGCAAGGGGCACUUAUGUGCCCAACUGGAACAAGGGGGAAUUUGGAUCUCACAUUUGUGCCUACUACCUCUGACUUACGGAUCUCAUUUGUUGGGGAUGAUGGCCAGACAGAGAGACUAACAACCAUAAAGAGAGCCUGCCCCUCUGCAUCAGUUGAAAGAAUCUCAGCUGACAAAUCUGGACGUUCUUUCCUAAUAAAGACACCAGAAGGGGAGGUUUUUUACUUUUGGUGGUCCGAGAAAUCCAAACUUGUUGGGGACGAGUUACUUAAGAAGAUGGAGAAUUUGAUAGAAGAGAAACCAUCGCUUGCUGAGCUUACAGGAAUCUGUGAAUCCCGACUUAACCAGUUUGCAAGUCAUCUGAGAGCUUAUUUUGUUGGGUCAAUUGCAUUUAACGCUAAUAAUCCCCCCAAGACUGUACCUUUGGCUGCUGCAUUAACAAAUUCCCCUCGAUUUCGAAACCAGGCAGGAGGGGGGAAACAUAGCACUACUGGUUGUUCAUCAAUCCACCAAUGUAGCUUAGGUCCUCGAUGGAAUUCUUUUAAGGAGUGCCCACCUAAAAAUCUGUUGUCUUCUCUUAGGAAUGUGGCGAAAGACAAGCUUAAGCGCAAGUUUUCUAGUAUUGACGACUUAUCACCAUUGAUCUUGGAUACAAAAUGUUUAAAUAUUUGGAAAGAAGACAGCAACAAGCAUCAGCUGCAGCAGCAACAAGCCAUGGGAUUAUUAUGCUUUUCAUCAGAAGCACUUGAAAAAUCUGACACCUCGACAUCGUCGUCAUCAUCAUCGUCUCUCUUUGUUCCAGAGCAACAACCACUUUUCAGGCUGCCCAUUAUGGUUUCUUCCUCACAGAAGAUUCCGAGUUUCAGUCCUUACAUGGAUAACAUAGAUAUUAUCACGAGUGGGAUUGCUGCAUUGGGAUUAGUUUCUCUAUCGGACCGAACACAUGGAACGGCAUCAGAUCAUGAUGAAAGCAAUGGGGAGGACGACUCUUGUAUUAGAAGAGCCGGUUUGGGAGAGGAUGGAAGUUGACAAUAAAAUAUAAUAUGAUUUAAGAUUUCUACAUGCCUAUGUUUUGUAUGUUGUUUGUUGAAGUUGGAGUGGGAUUUGUUUUGUUUUCUUUUUCGGAAAUGUAAAUGUGUCUGCAAGCAAGAAAGAAAGUUGUCUGUCUAUAUAAUAUAUAUAUAUAUAUAGUAAGCAGUAGUAGUGAUGGCUGAGUUGUGAACAUAUAUAUUAUUAAUUCUCAUGAGCAAUUUCAUA